UCGAAUGUCGCAAAUCCACGUAUCAAUCUAUAUUUUCUUUUCAUCCCUUACCUUCUAUCUCUUCUCUUAUCACUUCCCAACAUCUCUACGUGUUAUACAUUUCUAAAGAAACGCCCCUUUCGAAGGGUAUUCAAAUUAGAGGGUCUAACACUAAACAUCUUCAUUUAAAAAUUUUUCCUAAAAAACUUCCCAAAAAGUCAACUAACUUUUAUUGCGUAAAUGAAAGAAAAUCUGUUUAAAAAGAGCCUUAUAGGCCUAAUUUUGUUGUUAGCCUUCAAUUUUACUGAAGCUAAACACUAUGAAGAGAAUACUAGUCUCGAAGCUAGUUUGAAACCAGCUAAAAGUAUUGAAAAUGCUUCCCUAGAAGAAAAGAAUCAAAAAGAAGAAAAUGGAGUAACAUUUCCGGCCGAAGGUCAUGAAAUUGUAGAAACAAAAAAAGAAAUCAACUCGCCAGAAGAGGUGAUAGAUUUAACUAAAGGAAAGGAAGAUUCCGAGGAUCGUAAAGAGACAACGAAUGAGGAAGUGUCUGAGGCCGGUAAAGUAAACAAAGAAAAUGUUGAGGAGGAAGAAAAGAAAGCAACAGAAAACAAGAAUGAGGAAGUUGAGGAAAAAGAAGUUUUAAAGAAUGAAAAGACAAAGGAAGAGGAAGAUAAAAUUAGCAAUGAGCCUGUGAAGACAAAAGAAGUAAAAUCAACAAAAAAUGAUGAGGAAGUUGAAGAUUUGAAAGAAGAGAAAGAGAAAGAAGUUGAGAUAAAAGAUGAUAAAGAUGAGGAAGAAAAUAAGAAAGAGAAGAAGGUAAAGGAUGAAAAAAAGUUUCCAAAGGUUAUUGAAGAAGAGAAGAAAACACCCAAAGUAAAGGAACACAAAAGCCAUUGGUUUAUGGACAAAUUUAAACAUGCUUUCUGUUUCAUAACUCAUUACUUCUUUUGUCCAUCUAACUCUGCAGAUAAAGACAAGGAAUUCCAUCGUGAAGGAAAAGAAUCAAACCGUGGAAAGCGUCUUAACUCAGAUUUUAGUUCUUUAAGCAGUGAUGAGGAAAUGAUUGAGAAUUUUGAAAAUGCCCACGAAUUUAGUGAAGAAAAUGAAGGAGAUGGGAAAUUUAAAGCUAAAAUGAAUGUUGGUGCAACAUACUUCAAAGCUGAGAAGGAUAAUUCUGGAAAGAUGCGCGGCAAAAUUGAAAAUUUUAAUGCUGAAAUGCAUAACUGA